AUGGAUUCCGACGCUGACUCAACCUGCAGCCGCUCCUCAUCCCCAGACCUGGUGGUGGACGACUCAGCUGGGAGCUUCUUUUCCAACAAGAUGUUUCAGACAUACUGCCAAGAGAACAGAGCAGACAGUGAGGCCGACCAGGGCAGGACCGAGCUCUGCAGCAGGGGCGGUAAAACCAAGACCCGCUCUGAGCUCAGCAAAGAAGAGAUUCAUGACCUGAGACUGAAGGUCAACAGCCGCGAGAGGAAAAGAAUGCAUGAUUUGAACCAGGCGAUGGACGGCCUGAGAGAGGUCAUGCCCUACGCUCACGGCCCCUCGGUCCGCAAGCUGUCCAAAAUCUCCACCCUGCUGCUGGCACGCAACUACAUUCUCAUGCUGUCCAGCUCUUUGGAGGAGAUGAAGAAGUUGGUGGGAGAUGUUUAUGGAGGUGCUGCUGUGCAGAGCCGCACUUCUACCCACCCUGCCCAUCUCCCCCUGCAUCCUCUGUCCCAGUCCCUGCACACUUUGGUGAGCAGCACACCUUCCACUCUCCAGCAUCACUCACCUUCUCCUUCUUCAGCCCCAGCCCCACACUCCCCUCCAUCUACCAGCUUCUUGAGUUUUCAUGCUCCAGUCCAGAGCCUUCUAAAGGACCCCCUCCACCUGACCAGCUCCUACAGGCAUUUUCCCGGCAUGCCCUGCCCCUGCUCACUCUGCCAGCCUUUGCCCACCACUACCUCCACACUCCAUAGCCUGCCACAUAGUGAAAGAAAAAAACAGCGCAAAGACGAUUGUUACAUGAACUGA